UUCCGCGGGUGUGCAGUUACUCUCCUCACACCAUUCGUCCACUCUCUCUCAACACUUUCUCUCUCUAGAGCCCACCUCCUUGUCUAUCUGUAUAUCUUUCAUUGCUCUCUUUUUCUUCUUCUGCUUCAUCAAUUCUCAUCUCAGCUCUGUUUCUGAUCUCAAAGCGAUGCCGUUUUGUGGGUCUUCAUAUGCCCAUUGCCCUCAUCUUACUCAUAAGCGAUCGUCUCAGGUCCGAUUCUGAUCACAAAACUGUGCCGUUUCCUUGGUACGUGCGUUCGUUGCUCUCAGCUUCUUCAUCAGUGUUCAUCUCAGCUAUGACUCAGAUAGCAAAACGCCGCCAUAUCAUGGUCAGAGCUCGUCGUGCUGAUUAAUAAACGGCGUUGUUUCGUGGGUGUUGAUCCGGCUUUCGGUUCCUGGGUUUGGAUUGGAAGCUUGGAUGAGGGUUCGAGGUCAAGGUUUUUGACGUGGGUGUUUGGUAAUUGUGGUGGCAAUCUGACCGUGGCCUGAGAUGGGGAAGAAGGGUGGCGGGUGGUUAUCGUCGGUGAAGAAAGUGUUCAAAUCUCCGUCCAAGGAGUCGCCGGAGAAGAAGAAGGCUGAUGUGGAGAAGUGCCACAAUGAGGCACCGGAGGUUGUGUCAUUCGAGCACUUUCCGGCGGAGAGUUCGCCGGAUGUUACUAAUGAUGACAGUGAUAGGGAGGAGGAGGGGUCGUCUCCGGUGACUGGGGAUAGGAGCCAUGCUAUUGCUGUUGCUGUGGCAACUGCUGCAGCGGCCGAAGCGGCUGUUGCAGCUGCGCAGGCUGCUGCAAAGGUUGUUAGGUUGGCCGGGUAUGGCCGCCACUCCAAGGAAGAUAGGGCUGCCACCAUCAUACAGUCUUAUUACAGGGGAUAUCUGGCUCGUCGGGCCUUGCGUGCUUUGAAGGGACUGGUGAGGCUGCAAGCGUUGGUGAGGGGCCAUAAUGUGCGUAAGCAAGCGCAAAUGACCAUGCGGUGUAUGCAAGCAUUGGUGCGUGUGCAGGCAAGGGUGCGGGCGCGGAGGCUUCAACUAGCCCAUGAGAAGGUUCAGCAGAGGGUGGAGGACGAAGGGGAGAGAACACAUGAGGAAGAACAGCCAAAGACAAAGAUCCCAGUCAAGAAACUUGAGGCCGAAGGUUGGAAUGGCAAGCACCAAAGGUCGGAGAAGAUGAAAGAAAAUCAGACGAGAAAACAUGAUGCUGUGAUGAAAAGGGAGAGAGCCCUUGCCUAUGCUUUUAGCUACCAGCAACAAGAAUCAAUCCCGAGUCGAAACGAUGGUGGGUUGAAUGACAAUGAGCGGGAGAAGUCCCAAUGGGGGUGGAAUUGGCUCGAGCGUUGGAUGGCUUCACAGCCCUACCACUUUCGCCAAUCCAGUCCUCAUGACCCCUCUUACAUGACCCUCCCCACCACCGAUAACAUGUCGGAGAAGACAGUAGAAAUGGACGUCAUCAGCCCUCCAGGGCUCGACAAUAUCUACACAGGCCAACAUGGACAACAUGUUGUCGGAGACUCAUUUCGCACACCCACUGACCCGACCCGACAACUUAAGCAGCCAAGCUCAGACAAUGUCCCUAGCUACAUGGCCCCAACCAAAUCCACAAGGGCCAAAUUUCGCGCCCAAGGCCCAACGAAGCCCCGCCCUGCUCCGCAGAUGCCCCAGUGGAACCCCUCAACAAAGAAAGCACCAUUCCUCGGGUCAGGUUGUGACUCCUCAAGCUCGGGUGGAGGGACUGCGACCACAACAUACCCAACACCGAGAAGCCCAAGCCCAAAGGCUAAUGGACCGAGGGCGCCGGCAAGGCGGGUUGGCAGGUUCAACCCGGACUCAAAUGGGGCAGAGGAAUGGAUGGUCCAUGUGGGAGGUUGGAGACAUGAUUUCGGAUGAUUUUGCUAGGGUUUGAAUAAUGUGUCAUGUGUGUGGUAUGAUGUAUGAAAGUAGCAUUAAUACAUUAUUAUUUAUUUGCCACCCAUACUUGUUUGUUUGGUGUCAUGUUAUGUUGUUUGAAAAUUAAUAAACACUUGUAUGAUUAGUUAUGAUGAAA